AUGGAAAAAAUGAAAUCAAUACUUAUGGACGUGGACAAAAACUACUACGAUAUAAGGGAUAUAUUAGCGUGUAAGCAAAGCCUUAGGUGCUUGUUUGCUAACCCUCUUCCUCGAGAGAUCUUCCAUUUAAUUGGGCAAAGAGCGCCCGAUAUGGAAGGUGGUUUUUGUCGAGCAGAUUUGCCACUUUUCAUGAUCAGAAGUCUGCCUACUUGUAAGGUUGUACCACCAGCCGAAUUCAGUCCCAUACAAAUGCAAGUUUUACGCGCAGCGCCAGAACAUGUCGAUGUGAUGCAUUUGAAUCAGUUCUAUUUCAUCCUUUCGAAAUAUAUUGUCAAAUUAGUUCCAGAUGAAGAUGGACGCUCUUUGGCGGAGACAACACUAUUUUCAUUUCUUCAGCGCAGCGGUUGGAUCCUAAAUUGUGCGUUACAUCAAGGCGCAAAGCCAAAGAAAAUUGAUUCAACCGAAGUACAGCUUUACCGAGAAGCAUUCAGUUGUGCAUUGCAAUUCAGCCGUUGGUUCAAUUCGAGGCAAGCUAUUUGUCGUAAAAGAGACAGUAGUCAUUUAGACUGA